UACGGCGUCUCCAACCACGCUAGUGUGCUAAAGAGUGAUUCAAAGCUGUGAUACAUUUUAUGUUUUAGUGACAAAAAAAAAAUAUUACCGCUUUUAAGUAAAAAGUAAUACGAGGUUACCACACAGUCAGUUACUUUGGCCAUUUCAUUUUACAGGUAUAGCUCGCAAAUCGGAAGUGUUUCGCACUGUCUGAAUUCAACAAGCUGCACAGCUAACAAUACAACGUUCAGUGUUUGUUUUAAGUCAGUUAGCUUUUCGUCACGUCCGUUUUCGGCCCCUGAAUUCGUCUGUGGCAGAAGAUGUAUCGACCCAAACCAACAUUGAAAGAUCGGCAGCAUCUGUAUAAACUCAUCAUAAGCCAGCUGCUCUACGAUGGAUACACCAACAUUGCCAACAGUUUAGUCAAUGAAGUCAAACCUCCAAAUGUGGUGUCACCAUCUGAACAGCUUGUACAGCUGGUAAAAAUUGGUAUGGAGAACGAUGACAGUGCUGUGCAGUAUGCUAUUGGGCGCUCUGAUACAGUAGCGCCUGGUGUGGGAAUUGAUCUAGAAUUUGACGCUGAUGUCCAGACAAUGUCUCCAGAAGCAUCUGAGUAUGAGACGUGCUAUGUUACCUCUCAUAAGGGACCCUGUCGCGUGGCGACAUAUAGUCGGGAUGGCCAGCUCAUCGCCACAGGCUCCGCUGAUGCUUCGAUUAAGAUCCUGGACACUGAACGUAUGCUGGCCAAGAGCGCGAUGCCAAUUGAGAUUAUGAUGAAUGAGACAGCUCAGCAAAACAUGGAAAAUCACCCAGUGAUUCGAACACUGUACGACCACGUCGAUGAAGUCACCUGUCUGGCCUUCCACCCAACUGAACAGAUCCUUGCGUCCGGCUCAAGGGAUUACACCCUCAAACUUUUUGACUACUCAAAGCCAUCUGCAAAACGAGCAUUUAAAUAUGUACAGGAGGCAGAAAUGCUGCGUUCAAUCUCUUUUCAUCCAUCUGGAGAUUUCCUUAUAGUUGGGACACAGCACCCAACCCUGCGUCUUUAUGACGUCAACACCUUUCAGUGUUUUGUGUCCUGCAAUCCUGUGGACCAGCACACAGACACGAUCAGCGGCGUGAGUUACAACCCGACGGCCAACAGCUACGUCAGCUGCAGCAAGGACGGCAGCAUUAAACUGUGGGAUGGUGUCUCCAAUCGCUGCGUGACCACCUUUGACAAAGCUCACGAUGGAGCAGAGGUCUGCUCAGCCAUCUUUACCAAAAAUUCCAAGUACAUCCUUUCCAGCGGGAAAGAUUCAGUGGUAAAAUUGUGGGAAAUAUCAACAGGCCGAAUGCUGGUGAAAUAUACAGGCGCGGGUCUGAGCGGCCGUCAGAUGCAUCGUACGCAGGGUGUUUUCAACCACACAGAGGACUAUGUUCUCCUACCUGAUGAGCGAACCAUCAGCCUGUGCUGCUGGGAUUCGCGUACAGCGGAAAGGAAAAACCUGCUGUCUCUGGGUCACAACAACAUCGUCCGCUGCAUCGUCCACUCGCCCACCAAUCCCGGUUUCAUGACUUGCAGCGAUGACUUCAGGGCCCGUUUCUGGUACCGGCGCACCACCACAGAUUGAUCUCUCCUGCCGCAUCAUUUGAGGGACGAGGGACUCCACAUCCAGAACUUUUUGGGGAAACCAAUUUUUUAAUUUUUUUUUUUUGUGGAAUCUUUAAAUUGGAUUAGUUAGAAUUUUUUUUUCUUGCUUCAGUACAGUUUGCAGAUGUAUUUUCGUUUUUUUUUUUUUGUACGAGGACAUUGCAGUUUCUUUGUAUAGAUGAAAAUAAAAACUAACAAUAA